AUGCUGAUUUUGAUAGCUAACGUUUUGACUCCACGUAAGCAACCUGAGCCACCACAGUUGUGGGGAGCAGAGGGUCAUUAUGAUCGAGACAGUGUGGCAGUCACGCAACGCACGGGCAUACUACCUAGUCAAGUAAAAAGAUUGAAAGAUGUUGAUUUGAAGUCUUUGUGGACUAGAGCAGCAAAGAAACCAAAAUCAUCUAUAGCUAGUAACUCGACACCGGUAUUGCAAACAGUGGAAAGCAACAUUCAAAGUGAUUUCCCUUCUGUGCAAUUGCAUCCAGAACCUGAGACAACAAGCACAGAGCCUCAAGUUAUGGGAGAUCCAAUGCCAACAACGGGAGUAGAAGAAGAUCAACAUGAGAGAACUAAUGAUGAAUUUGAUGAUUAUGAAUUCAGUGAAGAGGCAUUUUAUGAUGUUAAUUGGCUUCCACAUGAUCCUGGGGAGAGGAUUCCCAUAUCAAGUUAUAAUCCAAAUGACCAAGCUGAUGUGAGGAAAAGAUAUAUUGCAUUGGGGCCAUGUCAACCUCGAGGACAUGAUUUUCCAAGAAAAGAUAUUGGAGGUAAACGUCGCUUUGUACCUAGUUGGUUUGAUACAUAUGGUUGGCUUGAGUACAGUGUAAAACUAGAUGCUGCAUUUUGCUUUAUCUGCUAUCUGUUCAAGAGUAAAACAGCUAAAGGUGGAAAUAGUUUUGUGGAUGGAGGCUUCAGGCUUUGGAAUCAUACAAAGAAAUUUGACAAACAUGCUGCUUGCAAGUCACACUGUUUAGCUCAAGAAAAAUUUGAUAAGUUCUCUGUAAAUGGAACAUCAAUUUCAAAUACUUUAGUGAAGAGAACCACACAAGAGAAAGUUAUUUACAAAGCACGUUUGAGUUAUUCACUUAAGUGCUUGAGGUUUCUUUUGAGACAAGGGUUAGCAUGUCGUGGUCAUGAUGAAAGUGAGGAGUCUCUUAACAAAGGAAAUUUUUUGGAACUUCUCAAUUGGCUAGCAGAAAAUUUUGAGGAUGUUAAUAGGGUUGGUCUAAAGAAUGCUCCAAAGAACAACAAGCUGACAUCCCCUAGGAUACAAAAGGAGCUCAUCAACUGUUGUGCUAAAGAGACAACUAAACUUAUCAUAGAUGAUCUUGGUGAUGACUACUUUGCAAUACUUGCGGAUGAAUCUAGUGAUGUGUACCAAAAGGAGCAGUUAGCCCUUUGCCUACGAUAUGUUGAUAAGAAGGGACAGGUUGUUGAGCGAUUUCUUGGUGUUGUCCAUGUGGGGGACACUACCUCUGCCACCCUUAAACUUGCUAUUGAGACUUUACUUAUGGAACAUUCAUUGAGCUUGUCUAGAAUUAGAGGGCAGGGCUAUGAUGGGGCUAGCAACAUGAAGGGUGCAGUUAAUGGUCUGAAAAAACUGAUAAUGGAUGAGUCUCCCUCUGCUUAUUAUAUUCAUUGUUUUGCACAUCAGCUUCAGUUAACCCUUGUGGCUGUUGCUAGGGAGAACCAAGAUUGCAAAUGGUUUUUUGAGCAACUUGGUUUGUUGUUGACUGCCAUUGGAAACUCUUAUAAGAGGUUGCAACUGCUUCGAGCUGCUCAAGCUGAAGAGGUUAUUAAAGCAUUAGAGUUGGGUGAAAUUGAAAGUGGUCGUGGUCUGAAUCAAGAGAUGGGGUUAGCUAGGCCAGCUGAUACUCGUUGGGGAUCUCACUACAAAACGAUACAUCAUGUUAUUCUUAUGUAUCGUUCAAUCCGACGGGUACUUCAACAAAUUGGAGAUGAUCCUGAGUACAAUGAAUCUUCGAAAGCUCAAACAGCAUUGAAUUCUUUUGAGUCAUUUGAAUUUGUGUUCCUUGCACAUUUGCUGGACACCAUACUUGGGUACACGGAUGACUUGAAUUGUGCUUUGCAAAAGAGAGAUCAAGAUAUUCUUAAUGUUGUUUCACUCAUAUCUUUGACAAAAACUCAACUUGAGUUGCUGCGGCAGGAUGAUGGAUGGGAGAGAUUUCUUGCUGAUGUCACUUCUUUUUGUGUGAAGCGCAAAAUUGUAGUUCCUAAAAUGGAUGGCAGAUACAAGUCAGUUGGAAGAUCAAAGAGGUACUAUGUCAAACUCACAAAUUAUCAUCGUUUUAAAGUUGACAUGUUUCUGGGUGUCAUUGAUAGACAGCUUAAAGAACUCAAUGAUAGAUUUGAUGAGGUAAACACUGAUCUGCUGAUUUGCAUGUCAACAUUCAGUCCUAAAGAUUCAUUUGCUUCUUUUGACAAGGACAGCUUAGUAAAACUCGCAAAGUUUUAUCCCAAGGACUUCCUAAGCACUGACUUGAGGCGUCUAACGUAUCAGCUUGAUAGGUUUAUUAUUGAUAUGCGUGGUGAUGAAAGAUUUAGCAAUGUCAAAAGCGAUAUUGACCGGUGCUCGGUGUACGUAUCGCUGGCACCUGGUAUGGACCAUCCUGCAGGGAUGGACCCAUCGGAGGGCGAAGCUGGUCGGUGUCCUCAAUACACCAGCAGCGAAGAAUAUCAGAACCGACCAGCACCGACCACCGAGGACAGGGUGGCAGGGAAGAGGCCAAUGGCCGUGGAACCAUCCCCCAUGGAGGCGUUGCUGGCGGAGACCAGCCAGGCCCCGAAGCGUCGUCGACUCGUGAGGAUUGCUGACGACGAGGAAGAAGAGGAAGAGGCUGCACCGUCCUUGGUCCGAAGGCCACGCAGUCGGCGUGACAUUGCGCCGAUCGAUGCUGGUCGGGUGACCAGUGAUCCUCCUGCUCCGCACACCGAGCCGACACGACUUGGAGGGGCAGAGGCAGCAGUGGCGACUGGGAGGACCAGGCGGAGGUUCUUCGCACCAACACACAGACACUCUGACCUUGCGGCAUCGGACGUUGAUCCGAGCAACGUCGCCGGCUAG